CUGUGGAGCCGCGCUGUUGCCAGGGAGACGACUCAAAACAGCAAUGGCCACAAGUGUCCCGACUGAGCCCGGACAAAAACUCUCUCACUCCGGCGGUUUGUGUCGGCUGAGCGCGGUCGUGUGAGCACCGAGAGACACCGUGUGCUGCCUCUAACCGAUUAAAAAAAACACACAUUUCCCCUCACAGCGUUUUUGGAUUAUAAAGAAGUCACCUGAACUCAUUCAGCUCGACAUCUUUGGAAGCGGUUGACAGAUCACGUAACAUCCUCCGCUGCUAUGGAUUUGAGCACCAGCACCUCGUAACACUCGAGCAGAUCUCAGCAAACUCUGGGCUGGUUUGAGCUGUGCUCAGAUGCAGCAAGGAUGAUCACAUCCCAUAUGAACGGUUAUGUGCAAGAGGCCUCUGGUCAGGCCAAGAGCCAUAGGGAGAGGGCAGUGGACUGUCCAGGAGAGGAAACAAGCCUUGUCAAAUCUCCACACGGCAGCGCCCACAUGGAGAGGAUCCAGCACUACCAGGAGGAGCUGAGGAAGAGAAGAGAGGAGGACUGCAGGGGGAAGCACGACAUCGACCCCAACGCCUCACUGAGGCUCAAGAAGCUGUCACAGAACCCCAAGGUGGGCAUCGACAAUCCCACCUUCGAGGGGAAGGAAAAGGCCGCCAAAGACACGUGCUCCCAGCAUCAUGCAGCCGAACUGGAGGAGUUGCUGCAGGCCCUGAAGUGGGCGCAGUACUGCCUGACUGAUGUGCAAAGCCAGCAGGACGUGGAGCUGAUAAUGCAGCUCCUUGCCAAGGAGGACUUCAGGAAUGCCUACACCAUGUACAGCGCCGUAUCCCAGCAGAAGAGCAGAGUCAGUCCCAGCUCAGCCCUCACAGCACAAGCAGAGGAUCUCUGCCAGGAGGUGCAGAAGAUUCUCCAGUCCAGUCAGCUGAAGGAGGGUUUGGAGCUCAGGGCUCUGCUCACCAAUCCUCAUCUCCAGGCACUGAUGCAGGCCCAUGACAGUGUGGCAGUGCAGGAAAUGCAGGCGGAGGAAAACGUGACCCAGUACCUCGGAGAGACGGUCAAACUGGUGCGGCUGGAGAAGGCCCGUGACACUCCGCUGGGUGCAACAGUACGUAACGACAUGGACAGUGUGGUGGUGAGUCGUGUGGUGAAAGGCGGGGCAGCGGAGAGUAGCGGCCUUCUGAGCGAGGGAGAUGAGAUCCUGGAGAUCAACGGGAUUUCUAUCCGUGGGAAACACGUCAAUGAAGUUCACGAUUUACUGCAACAAAUGUACGGCACUCUGACCUUCCUCCUCAUCCCGAGCUCUCAGAUUAAACCUGCCCCACACAGACAGACUGUGAUGCACGUACGGGCUUACUUUGACUACGACCCCUCCGAUGACCCCUUCGUGCCGUGUCGUGAGCUGGGACUGUCCUUCCAGAAAGGUGACAUCCUCCACGUCAUCAGCCAGGAUGACCCCAACUGGUGGCAGGCCUACAGGGACGGAGACGAGGACAACCAGCCCCUGGCUGGACUCAUUCCAGGGAAAAGCUUCCAGCAGCAGAGAGAGACCUUGAAGAAAACUAUAACAGAAAGGAGUCGAGAGCAUCAAGGAAAGCUUUGGUAUGCAAAGAAAAACAAGAAACAAAGGAAGAAGGCCACGACUAACUUGAGCAAAAAUACCGACUACGACGACAUCCUGACCUACGAGGAGAUGUCGCUGUAUCACCAGCCUGCCAACCGCAAACGCCCCAUCGCUCUGAUCGGUCCCACGAACAGCGGCCACGAUGAGCUGCGCCGCAGGCUUCUGUCCAUCGAGCCCGAAAAGUUUGCCGUCGCCGUUCCACACACGACCAGAAACUCGAGGGUACAUGAGCGGAACGGACGCGAGUACCAUUUUGUGAGCCGGGUUGCCUUUGAAACCGACUUAUCGAGCGGGAAGUUCAUCGAGUCUGGCGAAUACGAGAAGAACUUGUACGGCACCAGCACCGACUCGGUCCGACACGUCGUCAACUCCGGACGCAUCUGUUUGCUCUGCCUGCACACCAGGUCCCUGCAGGUAUUGAGGUCCUCCAACCUCAAGCCCUAUGUCAUCUUCAUCGCUCCUCCUUCUCAGGAACGACUACGCACCCUGCUGGCCACAGAGGGGAAAACACCAAAGCCCGAAGAGCUGAAGGAGGUUAUCGAAAAGGCCCGCGAGAUGGAGCACAAUUUCAGCCAAUUCUUUGACGCCACCAUCGUGAACAUGGACCCGGAGCAGGCUUUCCACGAGCUGCGCAGACUGAUAGACAAGCUGGACACUGAGCCGCAGUGGGUGCCCACCUCCUGGCUGUGCUGAAGAGGUCACGGGGAGGUCAACGGAGGAGCAGCAAUGAAUGUUCAAAAAAAAAAUGAAGGAUGGACAGUGCUGGUUGUCACUGGAUUUACACUUCUCCUCGUUUAUAGAGGAGCUGAUCUUUACCACGUGUUGCAGGGAUGGACUCGAGUUUCUUACAUUUCUUUUUGUUGGUGUGUGUGCGUGUGUGCGUGUGUGUCUUUGUUGGUGAUUUUCGUUCUUUUUUUUGUUUUAUGACGAUUCUUGUUCAGUUUUAUGCAAAGUCAUUUAUCAGACCAAUAGAAAUAUUUCUAUCCUAUUCUUUAUAGCUAUUUAUAAUUGUAAAUAUAUAUUUUCUAGACAAAAGGAUAUUUUAUUGUUACUUUUUGUGUAAGUGAAAUAUACAAAAUGGUACAUUCGACCGGGAGAGUGUUGGAAACGGCUUCCUCAUAAAGCAGGUAUGAGAAGCACUCCGGUGUCACGUCUUCCAGUCACAAACACAGAAGAAAAAUCUGCUGUAACGCGCAGUGUCGGAGGAUUUCCUCUGCACCGAUGUCGGUAUUAUUUUGUCUAGUCUGAUGUCUCAUUCACGCUGUCAAACCAGAUCUAAGGUAAAUCUGUAGCCAGUGAUCAUUACCGUCAGUGUAUCAUGCUGCAAAGUACUGCUGAGUAUCACUUCCAACAAAUACGGUGUCGCUUCUUUGCAGGGUACGUGUUAAAUCCUAAGCACAAUUCAUGAAAAGUGUUAAUAAAAUCAGAUGUGAACAAGCGACGUA